UAGUUGCACUCUAUAAAUCUUUAAACUUCAAGAUUGUCAUCUUGUUUAAACUACAGUUGUAAAACGAUCUUAACUCAACCUAGAUAAAAGCUGUGAAGGUAUUCAACCGGCAAACUUUCAACAACAUCGCCAUCUUGUUUACAGACACUGUUUUACUAGUUAUCUAUAUCCACGGAAAUGUCUGGCGUUUAUCUGGUUUCCUCGAAGCCAGUGGAAGGGGGAGUUCCUGCCGAGAAGCAGACGUUUGACAACCUGGGCUACAGCGAAACCAAGGUUACCUACAAUGAGUCCAGCGGCGUGAACAUUCCGGAAGUGAAGCCUAUGCCAGAUAAACCAUAUCGGGGUAUGGGAAAGGAGGAUCUUCUCCAUUUCUCCUCCCAGCCAUUCUGGAGACGUCUCCGAAUGAUCUGUGUCUCUAUUAUAAUUCUGGGCUGGCUGGCUCUUAUUAUCGCUGUGGUGGCGCUCGUUCUCGUGUAUCCAAGGUGUCGUGAUCCUGGGUCGAGGUCAUGGUGGCAGACGGAAGCUGUUUAUAGAAUCUACGUUCCAAGUUUCAAAGACAGCGAUGAUGACGGGGUUGGGGAUCUUGCUGGAAUUGAAUCAAAACUCGACUACAUCAAGGACCUGGGAUUUGGGAUAAUAUCAUUAAGUCCUUUCUAUAGCACUGCCUUAUCAACAUCUUUCAAGACUGGCGAUGAUUUGGCUAUCACAAACCACACCAGUGUACACGUGAAAUACGGGACAAUGACGGACUUUGACAGCUUAAUUCAAGCUGCCCAUGAUAAAGGGAUCUACGUAAUUCUGGACUUUAUACCAAAUCAAACCAGUGACGAGCACCCGUGGUUUAUUGAAAGCAAAUCAAGCUCCAACAACGACAAGAAAUAUUUCUACAACUGGGCAGCUGGUACAACUUCUCCAAACGACUGGUUAAGUCGGUAUGGUGGAUCGGCAUGGGAAUUGGAUACGAAUAGAAACCAAAUGUACUAUUUUCAGUACAGAUCGCAAUUACCUGACCUCAAUCUGAGGAGUGGCAGGGUGUUAGACGAACUAGAGUCAAUACUAGAUUUCUGGCUGAACCGCGGAGUGGACGGGUUCAAUGUUCGAGAUGCUGGUUACUUGUACGAGGACUAUGACCUCAGAGAUGAACCAGUUAAGCAGGGAGCCAGUGGUAAUAACUAUAAUGAUUUUGAACACAUCUACACAAGUAACCAACCAGAAGUAUACAGUGUACUGGAACGCUGGAGAAAAUUCGUACGAGCACAUAACUUCACUACAACUGAAAAACUAUUGAUGACAAGUAUUGACGGUGGUCUAGAUGUAACAGAACUAUACAGUGACUGUGAUAAGAGCGGAAUUCAGAUGCCACUGAAUGACGGGCUUCUUGAAAAGCACUCGCCUUGUGAUGGAAACUGUAUUGUAAAGUAUGUGGACGGCUGGAUGAACAAGGUUCCCAGUGGAAAAUGGGCCAACUGGAUGGCUGGUGACGAGUACUCUGCACGCUUUGCUAGCAGAUUUAAUGCCACUUUCAUAAAUGCAUUCACUAUAAUGACCUUCUUGAUGCCCGGCACACCUGUCACAUACUAUGGGGAUGAAAUCAACAUGGUGGGUGUUCCUGGAACAGCUAACGAAUGGAUACGUCAACAACCAAUGCGUGCAAUCAUGCGCUGGAACAAUUCUACAAAUGGUGGAUUUUGUAAUGAUACAUGUACUCCCUGGGCAAGCAUCGGAGAUGUUUCUACAGGAAAUAUCCAGGAUGUAUUAACAAACCUGAUAAAAGACCUAAUGGCACUAAGGGCAGAACAAUCAUUCAAAGUUGGGGACUACUUUGUUGCAGUAAGAGACAGCAGUAUAGUGUCGUUUGUCCGAGAAUUUGAUGGCGAAACAGGAUAUUUGGUUGCUGUGAAUUUCGGCCCAAACAGUGAGACACGUGAUUAUAUAGGUUCACAUGAUACAAUACCAGACAAAGCGGAGGUUGUUCUAUCUCAUAGCUCCUCCUAUUCACUGGAAGAUGAGGUGGAGCUUAACAGUCUGGAGGUAGGACCUUAUGGUGGAGUUGUCGUCAGCUGGGACUACGUUGCUAAGGAACUCUAAUCUAACAUUUAGAUUUUAACUUACUUACUGCAUUCUUAAUUGUAAUCAGAAAUAACACUUUAACCAAACUUGAAAAUAUACUUCUACAUCUAAAGAUAUAAAACCAUAUGAGAAAGGUGUGUGUAGUACAUUGCGAAACUGUUUGAAAUAACCUGUGUUCUUGAAUAACAACUAAGUUCAUAGUAAUACUAUGAAAAAAUAUUUUUUUUACCACAAUAAUCAGUACACAUACGUAGUGGCAUGUGAUAUUUUGUUGAUGACUGUACAAGAUAAAUAGUUCUGUUAUGAGGAAUAUUUCAUAUCAUAGCUCAGAAAUUUUAACGACAUUCAACUGUGUAAAAUAAAAUUCUUUACAACUA